AUGACUAGUUUCGUCUCUCAUAUCACUCACGACCUGUCCCAGAGGAUUGUCCAGCCGGCCAAUGCACCGAGCUCUCCAGUGGACGCGUCGGAGAGUCCGACCAAGGACUCCUUGCGCGCCGCGUUUCUGAGCAUCAACCAGUCGGCCUCUCUGCAGGAGACAAGGCGCUGCCUGGAGUCUCUGCGCGGUCUUGAGACCCAGUCCCUGACGCAGCCGGAUGAAGAGGAGAUUGUUCUGCGCAGAGUUGUCCUCGGCAAAGUUGCGGUCGAGCUGUAUGGAAGGGCAUUGAGCAUCACGCUUGAGGAAGCGAUGCAUGUGGAGGAUGAGCUUGAAUGGUGGGCUGAUGUGGAGCGUUCCUCAAGUAGCGUUGGCUUAUAUCUGUUACAGACAUUUCCGUCGCGAAUAGUCAACUUCUCUAACACCAUACUGGCCGCACUCCAAAAGCGUCAUCUUCCUCUGCGUCCCUCCACGCUGAAGCCCUCCUCUCUGCGACAGCUGUUUCCAUCAAAUGGAGUCCUCCGCCCAAAUGCGCUGGCGAUCUCUCUCUUCCCUCAUCUCCAUUACCAGCCCUACAGCAUCGCUUUGACCAUCGGCCGGUUUCCAUCCGCAUCCGCCUUCGCGCACUCACCACGUCGCAGCUUCGAGUCAGCAUUCUCAGUCUUUGCUCAGACAUUCGUCAAUCUUGCUCGCGGGUUCACAUCGGUCGCGCUACUCCCUCUGGAGCUUACCAGGGGCGAGUGUAGGUUCAAGCAUCACGAACUGAGGCGGCUCAGAGAUCAAAAAGCAGAAACACUGGGGACACUAUCCCAAUUGCGAGAUCUGCUCGCGUCGGGCAUCGAGGAGCAGUCGCCAGAGCAAGGCCUCGCCAGGAUAGCAGAGUUUGCCGCAGCUUUCCAACUGGUCGUGAAGGGGGAAAGUGUAAAUGAUGGCACGAAGGCCGCCGAUCUCAACCUUAUGGACUCUUUAGAGGCCGUGGCGGUGGAGCUUGAGGCCACCGAUGCGCUCAGGCACGUCUCCGAGAUGAAGGCGCGUAACCUGACUCGACCUUCGCGUUUAACGCUCCUGUGGCCCCGCUUGGUGUUGCUGCCUCCGCUUGUGCUGUACCUCAUCCAACGCACGUAUGCGUCGCGAUACUCGCUGCACCAGAUGGCUGUCGAGGCCUUCGAGACUGCACGUGGGUUCUGGGAAGACUGGCUGCUUAACCCCUUGAAGGGCGUCGUGAACACCGUCCGUGCUCGUGCGGAUGGCGGGAUGAUCGUCAACAGGGAAAGCGUCAAAGCGGACUUGGAUUCACUGGAGCGCAUGGCGCUCGCCCUGGCUAAGGAGAAGCUCAACUACGAUGCAGUACAGAUGGCAGCGCUCUCGCAACAGAUCCAGCUCGGGGACCUCACCACCGUCAUGCAGAUCUACGAAGAUGACAUCAAGAACCCCUUGAAGUCAGCUGUGGGCGGAACGCUUCUGCGAACGCUCUUCAUUCAGGUUCAGAAGGCCAAGGUCGACAUCGACCAAGCACUAUCGGGCAUCGAUAAGCUGCUCAAAUCGCAAGAGUUGACGUUCGCCUUUGUCGGCGUGGCUCCGGCGCUCGCGAUCGUGUAUGCGUUCGCCGGGUACCUCCGGAGCAUCUGGGUGGGAGGCCGUGGCAGGGGGCGCUACGGUGGGCAAAAGUGGAGGGCACGCGUCUGGCUCAAAGUCCGCCGAAUCGAGCGUCUUCUCAUCGCGCAGCCGCAGUCGACGCAAGGCCACAUACCUGGGCUGCGUGAGACUCCGCAGCCCUCGAUCCCACCAUUGACAUCGGGGCUCCUCCUGCUCUCGGUCAGCCACCUACGCACGUACGCCGAGCAGUGCCUCCCUGCGAACUCGCGUCUGCGCGAAGGGUUCCUGGAGGACGUUACCGACUUGGAAGACUCUGCUUUGGGGCGCGCGGAGAAGCUUCGUGUGCUCGACCGCAUGUGGCGGUGUUGGGGUGGGAUGCUGGGGUGGCGAAAGAUGGUUGGAGGAGCGGCCGGUGGUUGA